UUUUAUUUCGGAGAUUUGACUAUUUCUGCCAUGUAAAUGUUAUCACUUCUUAUCAAUUAUACAAUCACGAGAACCCACUUGCUUAUUGACGGCAGCGUAAACAGUUGUCGCUUAAUAAACGCUGACCUUUGUCGAAUCAUGCUGUCCAUAACUACAAUUAUAUUUCUCAUCAUCUUUGUACUACUUAUUGUCUUCAAGAUUUAUAUGAAAGUGACAACAGGAUGGUGCCGAAGUCAUACGUGUUUGGUGGGCAAAACCGCAAUAGUUACAGGAGCUAAUACAGGUAUCGGUUACGAUACGGCUUUAGACUUUGCCAAAAGGGGUGCUCGAGUGAUUUUAGCAUGUCGAGACGAAGGGCGUGCAGAAGAAGCUCGAGUCAGAAUAGUGAAAGAAACAGGCAACAACAAUAUUGUUGUACAAUUGAUUAAUAUGAAUUCUUUUGAAUCGGUAAGAGAGUUUGCGAAGAAGAUAAACGAAACAGAGGAACGUUUAGACAUUUUGGUCAACAAUGCAGGAGCUGGAGGAAUAGGUAACAGGAGGAGUAAAGAUGGGCACGUUUUGCUGAUGCAAAUUAACUACUUCUCUGCAUUUCUUCUAACAAAUCUUCUUAUCGGACUACUAAAAAAGACUAAAGGAAGCCGAGUGGUCAAUGUAUCAUCGAUUCUCGCAAAAUACGCCCGUAAUUUUAAAGUAGCUAAUGUAGAUCAGUUCCCAGGAGUUUAUUACGUGUACAACUACUCCAAGUUAUGCAAUAUUUUAUUCACCAUAGAACUUGCGAAGAGAUUAGAUGGGACUGAAACAACCACGUAUUCAUUGCAUCCAGGGGCCGUGAAGACUGAAAUUUUCAGACGUACCAAAGGCACAUCAAAAUUUAUUGCAAAUUUCCUUAAAAAUUUGUUCUUUAAAACAAGCGAAGAAGGAGCGCAGACUACAAUUUAUUGUUCUGUGGCCAAAGACAUCGAAAGAUGUAAUGGAGCACAUUUUGAAGACUGCCAAGAAGUACCGCCUUAUAUAACUACCAGGGUUCCAGGACUUUCGAAAAAAUUGUGGGACUUGACUAAAGACAUUGUUGGGUUAAAACCUGAAGAAAUGUUAAUUUAACUGAUUUCAGUGUCCGUUUAAUUAUUUUGUACGAAUAAAUGUGAUCAAGUUGUUCUUACGAAUUAUCAUCUUAAACAUUGUUG